CCCUGCGGACUUCCCAUCGAGUAACAGUGGAGAAGGACCCAGAGACGAGAAUGGCCCCGGCGCUCGCGACACACCGAUCAAGCCCUUGUAUGUGAAUGCUACGAGGUCUACCUACGGUGGCUGCGAAGACCAAAGUAAUCCCCAGGACUCUCAGUGCUCAUGCCCCAAGCGUACAGCCCCUCCACCACGGCCUCAGGCAAUGCCGUUCCGUGCAACUGCGUGUAUCGGAUCGUCGUCUGAACACCUUUAUCAUGUCCUUCGGCCACUGGCACUACACCAGGGCGCCGCAAGGUUUCCUGUCAUCUGGGGACGGCUACAACCGUCGUUUUGACGCUGUUCUCUCGGACUUCGAGCGCUAAGAACGUUGUGUGGACGACAGGGCUCUAGUAGGGAGGGGGAAAACAGCACGAGAUAAAGCCGGAUCUACCUUUAACAAUCAAUACAAUCCUCAAGACAGCCCAGACCGGAAGUGGGCCAUUUGUAUGGCUUUUCCACAAGAGAAAUUGUCUCAACAGAAAAGCCACCAAAAGGUAGGCAUCAUUGUUGAGACCAUACCUCAUGAUACCGAGACUGAAACUAUGGAGGUAGCAUACAAAGUCUUUAAUGACCCCAUCCACGGACACAUUGAACUCCACCCGCUGCUGGUCAAAAUCAUAGACACACCUCAAUUCCAAAGACUGAGGAACAUCAAGCAGCUCGGAGGGACAUACUACGUUUUCCCCGGAGCAUCUCAUAAUCGCUUUGAGCAUUCCAUUGGAGUUGCGUACCUGGCUGGAGAGCUUGCUAAUUCUCUGCAAAAGAAACAGCCUGAACUGAAUAUCAAUGAGAGAGACAUCCUCUGUGUUGAAAUCGCUGGCCUCUGCCAUGAUCUGGGACACGGACCUUUCUCUCAUCUGUUUGAUGGGAUGUUCAUUCCUGAAGCACGUAAACGUAAACGUGAAAGUCCAGGUUUGAAAGAGGACAACAAAUGGACGCACGAGAAGGCAUCGCUAGACAUGUUAAAACAUCUGAUUGCUGUUAACAACCUGAAGCCGGUGAUGGAGAAGUACAAGCUGGUGCUGAAGAAGGACAUCCCAUUCAUCGAGGAGCUGAUCUUUGGGAAAAGGACCGACCCUAGUGAUUCAACAAAAAAGUUGCCAUACGAAGGCCGUCCAGAGAAGCCUUACCUGUAUGAGAUUGUAUCCAACAAAAGGAACGGCAUCGAUGUGGACAAAUUUGAUUACUUUGCAAGAGACUGCCACCACCUGGGCAUCAAGAAUAACUUUGACCACCACCGCUUCAUCAAGUUCGCCAGGGUGUGUGAUGUGGACAAAGGAAAAGAAGCAAAGGAGAAGCAAAUCUGUACCAGAGAACAGGAAGUGGGCAAUGUGUAUGACUUCUUCCACACAAGAAACUGUCUCCACAGAAGAGCCUGCCAGCACAAAGUAAAAAACAUUGUUGAGACCAUGAUCACAGAGGCCUUUGUAUUGGCGGACCAACACCUCCAAUUCAAGGGGUCAAAUGGGCAAAUGUUCACAUUGUCCACAGCUAUAGAGGACAUGGUGGCAUACACCAAGCUGACUGGUAAGUGUUGAGACCACACGGUGCUG